GCACAAGCGUGAUCAUUCAUUCUGAAGUUGCGGUAACUCAUUCACUGACUCACUCACUCACUCACAUCAGAGAGAAGAAAAAGAUGGCUUGCAGACAGUUAUGGGCUUCAAGAGCCGCAUCAUACCUCAGGAUCUCUGUAUUUCACAGAACCUUUUCCACCGUUUUGAACAAUCUGAAGUAUGCUGAUUCUCAUGAAUGGGUGAAAGUUGAUGGAAAUUCUGCAACCAUCGGCAUAACUGAUCAUGCCCAAGAUCAUUUGGGCGAUGUUGUGUACGUUGAGUUGCCAGAAGUGGGAGCAGCUGUGACACAAGGAGAUGGUUUUGGUGCAGUUGAAAGUGUGAAGGCAACUAGUGAUAUCAACUCUCCUGUUUCAGGAAAAGUGGUGGAAAUUAAUGAAGAGCUCAGCAAUUCUCCUGCUUUGGUCAACUCAAGCCCAUAUGAAAAUGGAUGGAUAAUUAAAGUUGAACUGAGUGACAACAGUGAACUUAACAAAUUGAUGGAUUCAGAACAGUAUUCCAAGUUCUGUGAAGAAGAAGAUUCCAAGCAUUAAUAAUUUUGCCAAUAUCUUUCAGUACUCCCCAUGGUGAUGAUGUCAAUUUGGAAGCUAAGAAAUGCUGGAUUUUUUUUUUUUGUAUGUUUCUCUGAGUGUGUGUCUUGACUGCUCUUUUUAUUUUUGCACUAGCUUCGAUUCAGAGGGAUGAUAUUUUCACUCUCUGCAAUGGAAAUUUGAGAUUGAUAACAUGGGGAGUUUGGUAAUAAAAGAAACAUCAGUAGUUUUUAUUGUUUUGACAUAGUGCCAAUUUUGUCAUAGACUUUUAUUUUAGUUUGAA